CUGGAAUAGCAAGCAUCAUUAGAAAUGGCUUCAGGUAACGGCAAUGACGACGCUGCUUCCUCCAAAACCACCCCCAUCAAGAGGCAGCGAUUCACCGGAACCCUAUCACCGCAUGCUUCCGCCUCUGACCCUCACGCGCCGCCCUCGCCCAUCCUCCCUUUCGAGCUCAUCGCGGAGAUCCUCCAGUGGGUCCCCGCGAAGCUCCUCUUACCGCUCCAAUGCACAUGCAAGUCCUGGAAAACCCUAAUUUCCGAUCCCCUAUUCGCCAAGAAUCACCUUCGCGACUCGCCAAAGUCCACGCGCCUCGCCUUAAGCUUCGCGAGCCCCACGCGCGAGUUCGUCCUCCGAUCCUACCCUCUCCACGGCGUGUUCGACGCUGCUCCCAUUGGCGCCACCGAGCUCAGGUACCCUUCCAACAACCGAAAAUGUUUUGAUUUGAUCGUUGGUUCCUGCGACGGCGUUCUCUGCUUCGCCGUUAAUCAAAGUCGCGUUCUUUUGUGGAACCCUUGCAUUGGGAAAUCCAAGAGGUUGCCGCCGUUGAAAAAUCAACGGCGCGAGGGUAGUUAUACGAUAUACGGGUUCGGGUAUGAUGGUUUCUCUGGUAGUUACAAGGUGGUCGCGGUUUUUUCUUAUGAAUGUGACGGUAAUGGUGGUUCCAAUGGUUACAAAUCUGAAGUGAAGGUUCUCACUUUGGGUACUGAUUCGUGGAGAGAGAUUCGGGGUUUUCCUUCUGUGGUUCCUCUAGAUGAAUCGGGCAAGUUUGUGAGUGGUUCGGUUAACUGGUUGGCUUCUAAAAGUUCAUAUUCUUCGGUUAUUGUUUCUCUUGAUUUGCAAAAGGAGUCUUUUCAAGAGGUUUUGCAGCCUGAUUAUGGAGAUGUGGCUGUGCUUGACUUGACUUUGGGAGUGUUAAGGGAUUGUUUAUGCGUUGUUGCUCAUGGUUACAACUUGUUGGAUGUUUGGCUUAUGCAGGAUUAUGGAAAUAGAGAGUCUUGGACCAAGUUGUUCAGUUUCCCUUGCUUGGAAACUCCUGGCUCGUUUCCUUGUGUCAAAGCACUUGGUCUUUCCGAGGAUGAUCAAUUACUGUUGGAGUUUGGGUCAAAGAUAGUUGUUUACAAUACAAGAGAUAGCACUUAUGAGACCCUCCAGAUUCAGGACAUCAAUGAGUGUGUGGCCUCGGAGGUCUACAUUGAGAGUUUGAUAUCACCUUGUUCUUGAUAUCAUGAUGUACGUAGAUGCUAUGCUAUGUAACUAGUGCAUGUGGAGGCUGUUGAAUCCACCAACAGCUCCUUAUAUGUUUUCAUUUGUUAGGAAUGUUUUGUUGUUCUAAUCACUGGUGACCUCAAGGAUCGUUGUUAUAAAUAAUCGAUGCAAUCUGGAGCUGUAUAAAGUUCUAUGUUAGUUUCAGUUAUUUGAGUAUUAUAGUUUAUUUUGUAUUAUAUAUGGUUCACGGUCAUGCAUUGCAUUAGAUGGUUAGUGGCUUAUUUCUAUACGAUUAGAAUUAGGAGCUGUUAUGCCAAGUCACUAGUAUGUAACACAUUCACGGUGUUUUUGCUUCAAAUUUUACACAGUAUAUUAUGUACUAAACAAAUGACUAUGCAUGUGUCUGUUAAUGAAGUUCGUAAUAUUUUUUUUAUAA